UCCCUGUCGGUGAGGGCAGUCAGCUACUGGGUAAUAUCGUAAAGUCUGCGUGCACAGCUUAAACGGUGUGUUUUGAAAUUGGACGUAAUUGGGGAUAAAUUGCUUGCUGUGUCGUGAUGACAAGAUGUGUCGGCCAGCCUACCAUGUCUGUGUCCUAUAAGAGGAACACCUCCACCCCCAGUGACAUUAAAACCCUCAGUGUGGACGAUAUUUACCUUCUAGCAGAGAAAGAAAGGGCAAGGUCAUCCUACCGGAACCGCCGCCAUGUUCUAGAACUUGCCCAGAAGGAUGUGCGCCGCGACGACGGUCUGUCAAGGCCACACUCCAGUGCUAGCCGCAUCCUGCACAAGCAUCACAGUCUCACCACCUCGUUAGAUCCCCAGAUGGACCGGAGAAGCAGAAUGAGUUCAGCCCAUUCUACGCUGAAGCCGAACACUCCGGAUCCGGACGAUGAAAACCUGGACGAGGUGAGAUCUUCUCACUCCUGCGAAGUCAUGGGACCGAGCGCUUGUCACGAGUGCCGGAAGUCCAAGUCACGUGCCAAGAGUAGGGAUCAUGCAGAUGCCUCGUUUCCAAGUCUGAGGGUGACUCAGCAGAAUAUUACCACAUCUACUCUGGUGAAGCGUCUGUACCCCGGGAUGAGUAAUGCUGAUAUCCAUACAAAAAUAGCCCGUGGUGAAAUAGCACGGUCCCACCUCCCCAAGGCUUUGCAGUGUCACACCGCCGCUAACAACAACCCUGUCGAAACUGAUGAUGCAACGCGGAGAGAGAAACUCAAACAAAACGAAAAAACUGCUUUCACGAUAGCCAGACUGAAAAACAAGCUGAAGCGGGGAACGCCAAGCACACCGAUGUACUUCCAUAACAUCCACGACCUUAAUUACAAAAUUUUGUCAGGAAAGGUCCCGCGUGAGUUAGGAUUCACUAACUUGUCAAAAUCCCACGCCGGUAAGAAAAACGAUACAAGGCGAGAUUCCGCUGUCGAUUCCUUGUUCCCUGUUUUCGUGAGUCCACGAAAAGUCACAAUGUAUAAGGAGCCAUCAUAUAAGACAUACUUCGGUCCUCCAUUAUUGCCGAGGGCUAGCCAGAAACCAGAACCGUCCUUCUUUGCGGGUUCUGAUUUUGAAUACAAGCUUCCAGAAAGACUUCCGGAUAAGUUGGUAUUCGUAGACACGAUGAGGCAACGCCUCCACUCCGCCAUCUCCCUCGCCUCUUCCGUCAUCAGCGACGACACCGAGUCACAGUCUAUUGACAAACUAGAAAAUACUGAAUAGUCUUUGACAGUGACAGUCGUCGUAUCAUGAUCUCCGACUUCUUAAAGAUGUGCCAGUUCUAGCCAAGAGAAAGUCAUGUUAUCGUUCAUGAAUCAAAAGCGUUCAUGUUCAUGUUCAUGUUCAUGUUCAUGUUCAUGAAUCGAUCGUGGAGGCAUAUAUGUGUUCAUAAUAUUGAAUAUAUAGUGUUACUUUAAAGUAACUAUCACACCUUUUACUUGCCAUCACUAUGUUCCAUGUGCUAUUAUACCGUUCGAAAAGUUAAUACACGGUAUUUAGAACAUGUCAAAACGUAUGUCAGUUUUAUAACUGCUCACUUGAACAUGAAGUGACUGAUGAAAAUAUAAAACAUACAAAAUUUCAGAAAGUCUGUUGUGGGCUUCAUAAUUGUCUAAUGACAAAUUAUGUUUAUAUAGAUAUGCACUACAUAUGUUCUUGAUAUUGAAUAAAUAUUAUCCUAUUAAAUGGCACAUCCCACCUUGAGUGUCUGUGAGAGAAGAUGAGUUUCCCUACAGUGAACUUAUAGCUGCUGAAACACCAGUAAAUUUUAUAAAUGUAACAGAACAGCC